AUGGAAGAGGAAGGGGGAGCGCGGGGGAACCCGUUUGAGGUUUUGCCGGAGGAGCUCAGCGUGCGUAUCCUGCGCGAACUGAGCGCCGACGCUCUCGUGAACGCCUCCGCCGAGUGGCAGGAUGCCCUCGCACUGUACAAGGAGCAGAGCGAGAAAGCGUGGAAGCAGAUCUACGUAGAAUCGAGCACGACCGUGCUGACUGCUGAUAUGAUGGCCCAGCUCAACGCCUGGCUUAGCGGCUAUAGAACCUGGAAACUCAUCUACCGGGGUUUCCACAAGCACUGCGACAAGAAGGGUCCCACGGUCACGGUGUGCAAGACCGAAAAAGGGUACUCGCGGAUCCCCUCGAUCGUCGAGCGUUCGUCGCCACCGACGGCGACUCCAACCGUCGGCGACGUGCCGUUCAUCUUCUCGCUCAAGAACCCCAAGGGGGUCGAGCCGUGCUUCAUGCAGCACAAGGGCAGCGGCACUGGAGUUAUCAACAACGCGAACUACGGGCCGACGUGGGGUGCAGAAGCGAAGCAGGACCUGGGCGUGUUCGGGUACCCGCACAACAAGGGCCGAUGGAGCUGGAGCAGACUGGGCUCGUUCUACUCCUCGACCGCCCUGCGGCAGGCCCUGACCAAGGAGGAGGACUGGCACUGCUUCCUGGCCGGUGAACCCCACUUUCUGGUGGGGGAAGUGGAGGUGUUCGCCAUCGACCGGGAGCAUCCGCACCUCCGGCGAGAGAAGGAGCUCGCUGCCCCGCCCGAACGCAAAAGAAGCGUGUUCGCUUCCAUGGUCCACAGGCUGCGUGGCUCCAAACGAACUGGAGCGAAAGAGUGA